UUGUCGCUUCCGUUUGUGGGAAGGGGCGGAGGAGGGGAGCGGCCAUGGCGGCGGCGAAGGCGGCCGAGGCCGAGUUGGUGGGUCGGACGGCGGAGGAGGUGUCGUGGGCGGAGGGUCUGCGCGGGGCCUGUGAGCCCGAGCACCACUGGCGGCACCGGCGGGAGUUCCUGCUGCGCAACGUCGGGGAGCGGCCGGCGGCGGGCAGCCCCCAGCUCCAGCGCCUGGUCUCCCUCUCCAUGGUGUGGGCCAACCACGUCUUCCUGGGCUGCCGGUACCCGCCGCAGGUGAUGGAGAAGGCGCUGGAAAUGGCCGAAGGUAUCCAAGUGACCGGCGCGCCCGUCCGCACCACGAGAGAUGAACUGGUUGCCAAGGUGAAGAAAAGAGGCAUAUCAAGUAGCAAUGAAGGGCUAGAGGAGCCCCCCAAGAAGCGAGCUGUUGAGAAAAGCAGAGAUUCUAAGGAUACUGGAAAGGAUGUGAAAACAACCAAGGCAGAAGCCCCGAAGGAAACAGAGAGCACAUUGCCAAAAAAGCAGGAAAAAGACACUAGCAAAAAUCCAGAAAGCUCCCCGUCAACUGUGAGUUCAAAUCAAGAAAUGGUCACAGCAUCAGACAUAGAAACAGAAGGAAAACCUACUAAUGCUGAACAUACUGCUGAGCAAAAGCCAUCUUCACCUAAAAAAGAGUCAGGAGAGAAUCCACCUAAGGAAAGCAAGUGUGAAAAUGUGGCAUCACCUGAAAAGAAAACUACAGUAAGCGCAGUGCCAUCGGCUGCCAAGAGUGCCCCGCAGGCAGAGGCGGUGGCAGUGGCAGUGCCACCGGCUGCCAAGAGCACCCUGCAAGCAGAGGCAGUGGCAGCGGCAGUGCCACCAGCUGCCAAGAGCACCCUGCAGGCAGAGGUGGUGGCAGGUGCGGUGCCACCAACUGCCAAGAGCACGCCACAGACAGAGGCAGGGGGGGCAGCUGCCAAGAGCACGCCACAGACAGAGGCAGUGGCAGAGGCAGCGCCACCAACCACCAAGAGCACCCCGCAGACAGAGGUGGUGGCAGCAGCGGUGCCACCGACCACCAAGAGCACCCCGCAGGCAGCAGCGGUGCCACCGACCACCAAGAGCACCCCACAAACAAGUGCUACAUUGCUGUCUUCCAAAAACCAAGCGAGUGCCCCAGCAUUGGCCCCCAAGAGUGGUGCUCAGGCGGCCACCUCGCUGCUGCUGGCCCCCAAGAGUGGUGCUCAGGCAGCUGCCUCGCUGCUGCUGGCCCCCAAGAGCGGCUCUCAGGCGGGCACCUCGCUGCUGCUGGCCUCCAAGGGCACCGCGAAGGCAGGCUCCUCGCUCCUGGCCUCCAAGAGCAGCGCCGAGGUAGCUGCCUCGCUGCUGGCCGCUCGGAGUGGUGCUCAGCAGGGAUCCUCGCUCCUGACUUCCAAGAGCAGCGCUCAGGUGGCUGCUUCGCUGCUGGCCGCUCGGAGUGGCGCUCAGCAAGGUCCUUCGUCACUGGCCACCCGGGGUGGAGCUCAGGCAGGUGCUUCUUUGCUGGCCUCCAAGGGUGGCACACAGGCAGGUUCACCACAGCUUGCCUCCAAGAGUGGCUCGCAGCCAGGCGAAAGCCCUGCGAGGGCUUUGUGCAAGCCGUUAACCAGCGAAGAUGCAAAAGAGAGACAACCUUUUUUCAACAGACUGUACAAAGCUGUAGCCUGGAAACUGGUUGCUGUCGGAGGCUUCAGUCCAAACGUAAAUCACGCAGAACUUCUAAACUCGUCGAUUCAGUCUGUAAAAGCUACGUUAGAUGUUGCUUUUGUUCCCCUGAAGGAACUUGCAGACUUGCCUCAAAAUAAGAGCUCUCUAGAAAAUAUAGUUUGUGAACUGAGGUGCAAGUCUGUCUACUUGGGUACUGGCUGUGGUAAAAGUAUGGAAAAUGCCAAAGCGGUUGCUUCCAGAGAAGCUUUGAAAUUAUUCCUCAAGAAGAAAGUAAUUGUGAAGAUAUGUAAAAGAAAAUACAAAGGCAGAGAAAUUGAAGAUUUGGUACUUCUGGAUGAAGAAUCAAAACCUUCGAAUUUACCUCCAGCUUUAAGAAAUCCUCGUGAGAUCUUGUAGGGGAGAAUCGCUGUUUGUACCGUAUAUAGUAUUUCAAGAUGAGGACUGAAGGUUAAUUUUGUACUUUAAAAACGUAGGCUUCCAGAUAUUUUGUAUUUCUUUCUCAGUUUUGCAAGACAAUGAUAGUCCUUUCACUUGGUAGCAAUUGUAUAAAACUUGUUAGGGAUGACAAGUGCGCAUUUAAAGGUAUGCCUUAAUAUAUAGCACACUAGUGUGCUGUUUUAUUUGCAAAAUAGUCUACCUAAUUCUUCUAUUUUUAAUUAAACGAUUAAGGUACAAUUUGCUGUUUGAAACCUGACAAUUUUGUAAUUCUUACGAUUUGAUGGCAGUGUGCUCAAUUGUCUACCAUGUCUUUUUUAGACACAUAGAAGUAUGUAUAUAGGGACCAUAAUACUUGAAAGAUUGAAAGUCGUUUAAAAAUUUCAAUCAAAAAAAGUUUGAGUCAUCUGUUUCAGGCCUGUUGCUCAUAAUGUUCACUGUUGCUCAUACUAGGAGAGAAAAUAGUUGGUUGACUAUUUUUAUGGGAUGUUUUCGUAACAUUUGCAAUAGAAGUGACACCCUGAUCCCAUUUAACAUUAUACUAGCAGGUUAGAUCCCAUUUAGCAGUGUACUAGCAGGUUAGAUCCCGUUUAACGUGAUACUGGUAAAUUACCAAUUAGCAGUCAAGUCGCAGCUGCUUCAGCCACCAAAACUGUAAGCAGAUUUAACUUAUAUUGUGAAAUAUCAUUUACACUUUUUCCAAAUAAACACGGAUUUCUCUACUAAGCAUAUUUUAACUGCUACUAAAACAAUAAAAACUUCUGGGAUGUGCUUUUGUAGUACUUUGGUUCAGGCUAUUCAAUAUUCCAGCCAUUUCAAUAACUUUGCAACACCUUAAGAAAAGCUUUACUUUGAGUGGCUUCGAGGUGUAAUCCCACAAGGAUGAGUUUGUUUUCUUUGGAUGUGCAGCUGAAAUACUGUAAAACGGAUAGAGCGAACCUAUAGAAUACUGAUUUCUACUUUGGUAACGCUUACUGAGAUAAGUAAAAGGAAGAUGCUGCUCCUAGAGAAGGCAAGUGAAUUGUAAAGCGCUCACAGUAAUCGAGCCCGCCCUUUGCUACGUUUUUACACCAUGUACAGAAUGGUUUGAAGCGAAGAAAGUGGGAAAUUACCUUUUAUUUUCAAUGUUACUGAAAUACCUGCACAAACUGCAUGUUUUGAUAUAUUGGUUAAUGACAUGUAAUUGUAAAAACAUAACGUCUUCAGUGCUGUUUUGAAUUAAUCUUGUCCAAUUACAGUAGUUAGCAUCAUUUAAUGGAGACCUUACAUGUGACUGGCAGAUCUGUGGAUCGAGUCCCACAGGCGUGAACAGGAAUUCCUGGGAUCGCGGUAGUGUGUGUGUCCACUUAAAGACUUCCAGUUCUAGAUUUUGGGACUGAACCAGUGCGGCGUUGUCAUGCUGUCCCCUAUGUGAUUUGUAACAGCGCCGUCUGUCCGGUCCGUAGCACCUGAAGCCUGCCAGGCGCUCAUGCUUCCCGAUGUGGCCAGUUGAGACCUUCCUCCAUCUGGCUCCUGUGCCCUUGGUCGCCCUUCGCUCCGCUUUGGAUUUCUCAGGAGUUUCCCCUUGGUGUCUCCGGAGCAUCUGCUGAUGUGGGGAAACGGUGUCUGGCACAGCGUGCUGCCAGCGCAGAGCAGUGUCUGCCGUCGGUGGGAGAUGUGGUGGUCAUUCGGGACGCGUAAGAUGUUUUCACCCACUCGCCCAGUGCAAGCGGAGGCCUGGGAUGGCUGUUUUUUGUGGGGCUGGGGUUGCAUCCCCGUGGCCUCUAAUGUUUGGCUUUCUCAGCUGUUGCUUUGGGCAUCUCCAGAGGUUGCGAUGUGCAAACCUGUGUUUCCCGGCUGUGCGGUGAAGCUCUCGGUUAUUUACUGACAUCCCUGGGGCGUGAAGGUAAUGGCGUUAAAAGGCCAAGGGGCUAGAUGCCUUUUUUUAAAAGUCCUGACUUAAGCUUACUUUUUUUAAAAAAAUUUUUGAAUGUUAUUCCUCUUUGAUGUUUGGUUGUGAUUCAUUAAAAGACGAGUCUGUAGCUACUCUUAAUAGAAACUGGAAGUUGAA